AUACCUGCGAAUGUAUUGGCGCUGGAAAACGAAUUCAGCAGAAAACUUCGGGAAAGUCUCAGGUCGUCAACAAACAUUGUAGAACUACACAGCAGCCAACCUUACACAGGAGUACGUAGAAACUGCUGGGGAAACUCAACCUACAUGGAGUGAAAAAGAGGCACCAUGUCCAAAGACUUGCGGAAAGACUUCGUGCUGGCCUCCACGGCCAACUACUUUGGGUUGGACCCGGGUGACGCCAGCCUGGCGAAGCUGCACGGAUCUGUGGAGAUCAACAACUUCCUGGACGAUGGAGGGUGUCCGCUGCUCGUGGCAUGGUGCGACGGAACCAAGGGGUCCGCUCAGGUUCACUUUAACAACAAGGUGGAACAGUCCGGAGAGAAGAGUCAGAAGACCCUGGUGUUCGUGAAGCUGAAACCCGACCCCAUCACCCCCGACAACCUGCACUCCAACGUGUUUGUGUCCUCCAUGUUGGACUCACCAGUCAUGGCGCUCUACCACUCACUUCACAAGGUUUAUGCGCCGAUGCUGCUGAAGGAUGAGAAGUGGAGUCGGAUGUUUGAUCCAAAGCUGCAGAAGCUGCUGAGUGAGCUGGACAGCAGCCUGGGCAGCGUUGUGCGGGCACAGGACUCCUCCGGGGGCAGCAAGGGGGAUGAUGGCAACAUGACAGGAAUCCUAACGCCGUCAGAUGAGUUCCGUUACUGGGCAGACACGGCGGUGACGGGACGUAAGCUGGAAGUCAAGGAGCGGGCGGAGCACUUCCAGUCGCUGUUCCAACCCGUCAGCGCAAACUACGGCAACCUGGAGUCCCUGUCGCUGCUGGAGGCUGCAGAACUGGUGGAACAGACAGAGGAAGUCCUGGAUGACGUGUGGGGACAGACAGAGUUUCCACCCUACCCAGAACCUCGUAUGGCUCACCUCAUGGGCAUCAUUGGGGGUGCUCUUGCACGGCACAUCCAGCUCAAACUGUCCGGCGUUGACCUCUGGCACGGCCCCUACGCCAGCGUGAGGGAGUCGCUACGCCUGUCCCUGUCCAUCUGCGAGCGGUGGAUCUCCGCCUGUGAUUCGCUGACCAGCACGUGGAAGCAGCACUCUCCGCUCCACCCAUGGCAGGGGGACAAGUAUGUCCCAGAAACCCUGGAACAGUUCAAGGCUAGACUGGAGGAGAUCCAGACUUUACGGACAGUGAACGCACAGCUACUACAGCUUCUAACAACUGACGAGCAGCAACAGCUAAAGGCUCAGGAUGCAUUCAGCCCCUUCAGUAGCCUCAACCCCCUCCAGUACAACCCCUAUACACAGCCCCAGUGGAAGGCGGCUGUAGGACAGUACGAGCACGCCAUCUUACCUGUAGAACAGAGGGUCGCAUCCAAGCUGAGGUCAAGGUUACUGGAACUUCAGGCUAAACCACAUCAGCUGUUACGAGAGUUCCAGCGCUAUCGAGAGCUGGUGAAGAGACCCAGCAUCAGCCAGGAGUUGGUCGCUGAAAGAGAGAUGCUGUUGAGCCAGCUGCAGGUGUAUGUGAAGAGCAUGCGGGAUGACUUCAGGGACAGGUCGUCAGGUGGGGGCAAACGUGCACCCCUCAAGGGCAAGAACCACCCCGAACUGGUCAACAACAUCGUGUGGGUCAGGCAGCUGGAGGCCAAGGUUGCUGAAACGUUGAACGUGGCGGAGGCGUUGCUAGGAGACCUGUCGGGGUUCCGUCCGUACCAACGCCAGGCUGCGGAGGUGCAGGAGGAGAUGCAGACAUACUGCAGGGAACAGUUUGACGGCUGGGCAAUGGACACACAGAGCGCACUGGAGGACCCGCAUCAGCCUCUCAGUCUACAGAUCAGUGGGCGGCUGAUGGAACUAGACCACCAGGACGGUAAGCUGCACGUGAUGUACAGCGAGAAGCUGGUGACGCUGCUGCGUGAGGUACGACAGCUGUCCGUACUAGGGUUCGCCGUUCCCGCGAAAAUCCAGCAUGCUGCCACUACAGCACAGAAGUUCUACAAGUAUGGUGUCAUACUGAAACAGGUGGCGCACUUCUACAACACCAUCGAUCAGCAGAUGAUCCCCAGCCAGCAGGCCAUGCUGCUGGACGCCGCCCUCAACUUCGAGAGAAUCAUCAAGAACCCGAAGACCGGAGCCCGCGAUGGUGGAAACGGAAAGGUACAGGUGACCUGGGAUAACCCAGAGGAGCUGGAAGCCUACGUACAGAAACUCCAGGCAGCAGCUGAGAGAAUCAUGACUCUCAACAGGCAGCUGAGGAAGCAUCACACCAACAUCACUGACAAGGUUGUGGAGUUGAUGAACACAGACCUCCUGAGGCAGCAGCCCAAGUGGAAGGAAGGUCUGAUGGAGAUCAGACACAUCAUGGCAGGACUGGUCCAACAGGGUUUCAGUGCCGCUAACAUGAAGAGUUGGAAGAUGCACUGGGACCGCCAGCUGUACAAGGCUCUGGAACACCAGUAUCAGAUGGGCCUGGAGGCGCUCAGCGAGAACCUCUCGGAGAUGAAAGUAGAGCUGGUCUUCAGACAACAGCAGCUGCAGUUCCGUCCCCCUCUGGAAGAGAUCCGUGCGAAGUACUACCGGGAGCUGAAGAAGUUCAUCUGCAUCCCCAACCACUUCAAGGGAGUGAGCGAACAGCUGGAUCCAACCAACACGGUCUUUCCCGCCAUUAUCGAGCGCAACUCGGCCGGAUUCACCACAAUCUAUCGGAAGGCGGAGGAAUUGUUCCAGAGGCUGGUCGCGGCCAAGGCAAAGUUUCAGGAAUGGGUGGUGCUAGGUCUGGUAGAUUUGGAGAAGCUUGUGGAGACUCACCUACACAACGUGCCCGACUGGGAGAGGAACUUCAAGGCUCUGAAGGCACGAGGCAGGGAUGCAGAGAAACUUGCCAGCUCUAUCAAGGUAGACUGCAUCACAGUGUCCACUACUCCAGUCAAGGCCAUCAUUGAUGACCACAUCCAGGCCUUGUUCGACGCUCUCCUCGGCUCCUUGCGUCACUCCAUCAUCAGCCAUCUGAACGAGAUCGACACUUUCCUGACCGACGCUCUCGAGUCCUUGUCCACUCGACCGCAGUCAGUGGAGGAGAUAGGACUGGCCAAUGCCAAACAUGCAGAGCUUGCUGAGAAGAAACCUCAUAUUCAGCCGCUGUUUGCCAAGGCUGAGCAGAAGAACAAGCUGCUGCGCAGUGUGUCAGGGGGAGGGGUGGAGCAGCUGGGCCCGUUGCAGGCCAGGUGGGACAAGUUUGAGCUCAUGAUGGAGAGCCACCAACUCAUGGUCAAGGAACAGGUGGAGGUGAUGAAGUCCAAUGUGGAGUCGCAGGUCUCUCACUUCCGACAAGAGCUGGCCAAGUUUGCCGCCCGCUGGCACCAGCUCAAGCCGAAGGACGAAAUCAUGGAGGACAAUGACCGAGACGCGUGCAACAGGGCCGUCCAGGUCAUCAAGGAACACCACACAGAGUUUGGUGAGCUGGAGAAGAGGAGGGAAAGACUGGUGUCGGACUGUGUCCACUUUGGGCUACCGGAGCCACAGAUUCCGGAGGCAGACGAGCUACGUGAGGAUCUGCGUGUACAUGAAGCCAUGUGGUCACUCUACGAGGAGUUUAACAACGGCAUGUCCGACUUGGCCAAGGAGGACUGGAUUUCUUUCAGGGGCCGUGCUUACAUGUUUGAAGAGUUUCUGGGUCAGUGGGCAGAGAAACUGCGGAACGAGGAACCCACCACCAUCACCAUCAAACUCACAAAGGACAUUGACAAGUACAGGGCUGUUCUGCCGUUGCUGAAGUACGUACGAGGAGAGGUGCUCUCCCAGGACCACUGGCUGGAGAUGUUCCGACUGCUGGGCAUGCCUCGAGGCACCACUCUGGAGAAGCUGAACUUUGGACACAUCCUUGCCUCAAGUAAUGCCAUCAUCAAGAAUGCCGACCAGUUGAAGGAACUAAAUGCACGAGCUCAGGGUGAGGUUUCCAUCCGUGAGGCCCUGCGUGAGUUAGAGAUGUGGGGGGCGGCGGCUGUGUUCGCUCUGACGGAGUACUCUGACAGUGGGAACCGCACCCUCAUGAUCAUCAAGGACUGGAAGGACCUGGUCAACCAGGUUGGAGACAACCAGUGCCUGCUACAGUCACUGAAGGACUCCCCCUACUACAGACACUUUGAGGACAAGGCAUCCAUAUGGGAGACAAGACUAGCUGACCUGGAUGAAUACCUGCACAACCUGAACCAGAUCCAGAGGAAGUGGGUUUAUCUGGAACCCAUCUUCGGUAGGGGCGCACUGCCUCGGGAACAAGCUCGCUUCAAGAGGGUGGAUGAUGACUUCAGAGCCAUCAUGUCUGACGUUGCCCGUGACAACCGUGUCCUGUCCCUGGUUGGUCAGUCGGGGCUCCGCAGCACGCUGGUCACUCUGCUGGACCAGCUUCAGCGCUGCCAGAAAUCUCUCAACGAGUUCCUAGAGGAAAAACGUUCGCUGUUCCCACGGUUCUACUUCAUCGGUGACGAUGAUCUCCUGGAGAUCCUGGGCCAGGCGACCAACCCCGCGGUGAUCCAGUCUCACCUGAAGAAGCUGUUUGCCGGGAUCCACAGCGUCCAGUUUGACGAGGGGCACAAGCACAUCGUGGCCAUGAAGUCACUGGAGGGGGAGGUCGUGCCGCUCAAGAGCUCCGUACAGAUCACCACAGAAGUGGAGAGCUGGCUGAGUCGGCUGGCGGAUGAGAUGAAGACCACCUUACAGCAGCUGCUACUGGAGUGUUUGCAGGCUGGAAGAGGCAACAGUCAAGGGGGCGUUGACCCCAACAAGUUCCCCUCUCAGAUCCUGUGCCUGGCCGACCAGAUCCAGUUUACGGAGCGGUGUGAGGAGGCGCUGCGCGGCCGCAGCCUGCAGGAGAUGAAGAUCGAGCUGGAGUCCCAGCUGGAGGCCUACACCAGCGUCAACGUGCACGACGGCGGGACCAAUGACUCAGACAUGCAUGUGUUGGACCUGAAGCUGAAGGCCCUUAUCCUGGACACCGUACACAACAUGGACGUAGUGGACCAGCUGAUCCAGACCAACACUGCCUCCACGGCAGACUGGAUGUGGCAGAAACAGCUCAAGUUCUACCUGAACAAUAAAACCAAACAGGCCAUCAUGAGGAUGGUGGAUGCUGAGUUUGACUAUACGUAUGAGUACCAGGGUAAUGCUGCCAAGCUUGUCCACACCCCCCUGACAGACAAGUGUUACCUGACUCUUACACAAGGCAUGCACAUGGGCAUGGGAGGGAACCCGUACGGACCUGCUGGCACUGGCAAGACAGAGUCAGUCAAGGCCCUGGGAGGGCUGUUUGGUCGCCAAGUGCUCGUCUUCAACUGUGACGAGGGUAUCGAUGUGAAGUCCAUGGGACGUAUCUUCAUCGGGCUAGUGAAGUGCGGAGCGUGGGGCUGCUUCGACGAGUUUAACCGUCUUGAGGAGGCGGUGCUGUCUGCCGUGUCCAUGCAGAUCCAGGACAUCCAGGCCGCGCUCAAGAGCCGAACACCCACCGCGGAGCUACUGGGCAGACAGGUUGACCUUGACCCCAACUCUGGCAUCUUCAUCACCUUGAACCCUGCCGGGAAGGGGUACGGAGGUCGUCAGAAGCUGCCCGACAACCUGAAGCAGCUGUUCCGUCCCGUGGCUAUGUCGCGCCCGGAUAACGACCAGAUCGCAGAAGUCAUCCUGUUCUCGGAGGGGUUCAAACACGCCAAGGUUCUGGGGAGGAAACUGGUGGCCAUCUUUAAUCUAUCAAAGGAACUGCUGACCCAGCAGCAGCACUAUGACUGGGGCCUGCGUGCCCUGAAAACUGUGCUGCGGGGAUGUGGCAACCUGCUGCAGGACAUGAGAAAGAGGGGGGAGAAAAUUGAUGUGGAUGCGGAGAGUAAGCUGGUUGUCCAGGCCUUGAGGGUCAACACUCUGUCCAAGCUGACGUUUGCCGACUGCAGAAGGUUUGACUUCCUUGUACAGGACAUCUUUCCAGGUGUGGAGUUGAAGAGUAUUGAGUAUGAGAUGUUGGACAAGGCCUUCAGAGAGGCGUGUACUGAGGCUCACCUGGAGAUCAUGGAAGCACAGGUUAAGAAGGGUCUGGAGUUGUAUGAACAGCUGAGACAGAGGAUGGGUGUGGUGAUUGUUGGCCCCAGCGGGUCAGGCAAGUCUACCCUCUGGCGGCUCCUGAGAAGUGCACUCAGCAAGAUGAACAAGACUGUCAAACAGUACACCAUGAACCCCAAGGCCAUGCCCAGGACACAGCUACUGGGCUACAUUGACAUUGACACAAGGGAGUGGUCAGAUGGUGUGCUGACCAGCAGUGCCCGGCUGGUGGUCAAGGAGCCACAAGACAUCCAAUCGUGGAUUGUGUGUGAUGGUGACAUCGACCCAGAGUGGAUCGAGUCGCUAAACUCUGUCCUGGACGACAACCGUCUGCUGACCAUGCCGUCAGGAGAGCGUAUUCAGUUCGGUCCUAACGUCAACUUCGUGUUUGAAUCCCAUGACUUGAGCUGUGCCUCUCCGGCUACCAUCUCACGUAUGGGAAUGAUUUUCCUCAGUGAUGAGGACAUGGAUGUGAAGUCGCUGGUGGCGUCCUGGUUGAGGAAGCAUGGAGAGACGGAAGGUUCCCAGCUGCAGGGCUGGGUGGACGACUACUUCUACAGGGGGCUGGAGUGGGUCAUGAAGCAGAAUGAGUUUGUUGUUGAGACCAGUCUGGUGGGAGUGGUCAGCAAUGGACUGUCCCAUCUCCACGGGGUCAAGAGCAAGGCUCAGUUUGUGGUCAGUCUGAUCCGAGGGCUGGGCAGCAACCUGCCUCUCCCCGUACGCCAGGCUUUUGCAAAGGAGAUGUUUGUGUGGGCCCAUGAGCAGCCCCCUGACCCCAGACGACCCCUGGAUGCCCAAUACGAUGAAAGAACCGAUCGUCUGUGCUGCUACCAAAUGGAUAUGAGUGAAGCCCUGACAGCAGAGUCCUUACUGCCCAACGGUUCCCUGCCGGUGGUGCGCACGACAGACGUGCAGUGUGACCUGGACUACAUCAUGCCGUGGCUCCACCCUGACAACAAACAACCCUUCCUACUGGUGGGACCUGAGGGAUGUGGCAAGAGCAUGCUUCUGAAGCACUGUUUUGACCAGCUGCGGUCAGCGUCAGUCGCCAUCCUCCACUGCAGCGCCCAGACCUCUCCGGCUCAUGUGCUCCAGAAGCUGAGCCAGAUGUGCAUGGUGAUCAGCACCAAUACCGGCCGUGUGUACCGCCCUAAGGACUCUGAACGCCUCAUUCUCUACCUCAAGGACAUCAACCUGCCCAAACCUGACAAAUGGGGCACCAGUCAACUCAUCGCCUUCUUACAACAGAUGGUGACGUACCAGGGGUUCUAUGACAACAACCUGGAGUGGGUGGGGCUGGAGGGGGUACAGCUGGUGGCGUCCAUGACGGCAGGGAACACCCUCGGGAGACACCAGCUCACCACCAGGUUCACAUCAGUCGUGCGCAUCUGCUCCAUCGGGUACGCAGACAAGGACCAGCUGCAGGCCAUCUACAGUGCCUACCUGCAGCCCAUCUUCCAGAAGCACCUGCAGGCCCACCCCGUGUGGGGGUCGCCUGCCAGGGUCACACAGCUGGCUGCCUCCAUGGUACAGCUGUAUGAACAGGUUCGCUCCAAGUUCUCAGUGGAUGACUACAGCCACUACCUGUUCACCCCGCGUGACCUGACCCAGUGGGUGCUGAGUCUGCUCCGGCACGACCUGGCAGGGGGCGCUUCUGCAACCAAUGCAGACAACGUGCUGCAGACCUGGGCAUUUGAAGCGUGUCGCCUGUUCAGGGAUAAGCUGGUUGGACAGCAGGCCAGAGACAGGUUUGACGGCAUGCUGUCGUCUGUGCUCCAUAACGACUGGAGCUCUGAUGUCAUGGACAAGCUUCAAGGAGGCUAUUACGUGACAUGGGGGGCUCGAGCAGAACUGGCCACCCCCCCUGGAGCACCCAUCCCCCUGGCAGGGAAACAGGUGGGCUGGCUCGGCACAGACGACUUCAGGAACGUCAUCAGCAAGGGUCUCAUCGGCUACAUCCGUGAACACCGUGAGCUGGACAUCCUGGUGUUCCAGGAGGUGUUGGAUUACAUGUCUCGUGUGGACCACGCCCUCGCUCUGCCGGGAGGCUCGCUCCUGAUGGCAGGGCGCAGCGGGGUGGGCAGGCGCACCGCUGCCUCGGUAGUGGCACACAUGCACCAGUGUGAGCUGUUCACACCCAAGAUAUCCAGGGGAUACGGACUGAAACAGUUCAAGAAUGACCUGAAGACAAUCCUUCAGCAGGCAGGCGUGGAGGGACAGCAGGUGGUGUUCUUACUGGAGGAUCAACAGCUGGUCCACCCACAGUUCCUGGAGCUGGUCAACAGCCUGUUGGCAGCAGGAGACAUCCCAGGCCUGUACACACCAGAGGAGCUGGACCCUCUCCUGGCACCACUCAAGGAGCAGGCUUCACAGGAGAACUUCAGGGGAUCGCUCUACAACUACUUAUGUGUGAGAGUAACCCCUCCCUGUACAAGCAGUGCCUGGUGCAGUGGAUGGAGGGCUGGAGUAAGGACAGCAUGCUUCAGGUCCCCAAAAUGCUACUGUCACGCCACUCGGAGAUGGGCAGCAGUCUCCUCCCUCCUGCAGCCGGGCAGGAACCAAAGAAGUUUGCAGGGGGCGACGAGCUCGUCAAGAACUUCGUGAACAUCCACGAGUCUCGCCUGGCGCACGGCGCGACCCCCCGCAGAUACAUGACCUUCCUGCACACCUACGAGUCUGUGUAUAACCAUAAGAAGGAAGGAGUGCUGCAGAAACAGUCACAUCUACAGGCUGGUGUGGCCAAGUUGAACGAGGCUAAAGCCCUGGUGGACACGCUGAAGGGGAAGGCGGCCGAGCAGAGCGCUCUCCUGGCACAGAAACAGGAGGAGGCUGAUGCAGCGCUCAGGGAGAUCACUGCAAGCAUGCAGAAUGCGAGUGAGCAGAAGAGUGAGAUGGAGGUUCUGAAACAGAAGACAGCAGAGGAGAACAGUAAGCUGGAGAAGAGGAAGAAAGCCAUCGACAUCGAGCUGGCCGAGGUGGAACCGCUGGUGCAGGAGGCCAAGCAGGCUGUCGGGAACAUCAAGUCAGAUUCGCUGUCUGAGAUCCGCUCGCUGCGUGCGCCGCCCGACAUCAUCCGCGACAUCCUGGAGAGCGUGCUGCGACUUAUGGGCAUCUUCGACACCUCGUGGGUCAGCAUGAAAAGUUUCCUUGCCAAGCGUGGGGUAAAGGAAGAGAUCAUGUCCUUCGAUGCCAGAAGAAUCACCCCAGAGAUAAGAGAGAGUGUGGACGAGUUGUUGCACAAGAACAAGGCAUCAUUUGACCCAAAGAAUGCGAAGCGUGCCAGUACUGCCGCUGCCCCGCUAGCAUCCUGGGUGAGGGCUAACGUGGAGUUCUCACGGGUCCUGGAGAAGAUCGAACCUCUGGAAACCGAGCAAGCUGGCCUCAAAAAGAACUUGCAGAAGGCUGAACAUCGCAUGGAGAAGCUACAAAAAGCGCUGGACGCUGUUGAUCAGAAAGUAGCUGAGCUUAGAGAUAAAUUUGAGAAGAGGACAACAGAAGCAGCAAAGUUGAAGAUUGACGUUGACAAGGCCAACGAAACCAUCGCCGCAGCUGAGAAUCUCGUGGGCAAACUGGACAAUGAGUACAAGCGGUGGAGUGCACAGGUUGGUGAGCUGCAGUCCGAGCUGGACACCCUCCCGAAGCGUGCCCAGCUGGCCGCAGGCUUCAUCACGUACCUCGCCAGCACCUCAGAGGACGAGCGGCGCCAGACCCUGGGGGCGUGGAUGGAUGCCACCAACCUGACCGGGUUCGACGUCCGCCGUUUCCUCAGCAGCGAGCGCGAGCAGCUGGGCUGGAAGGGCGAGGGGCUGCCCUCGGAUGACCUCUCCAUGGAGAAUGCGCUGGUGAUCCUACAGCUGAACAACAUGAAGGCGGGGAGCCACCUGCGACCUUUCCUGGUCGACCCGUCGUCACGCGCUGCGGAUUGGCUCAAGGUCCACCUGAAGGAGGCCCGACUGGAAGUUGUCAACCAGCAGGAUGCCAACUUCACCACUGCUCUGGAGCUGGCGGUGAGGUUUGGGAAGACCCUGCUGAUUAAGGAGAUGGACGGGAUAGAGCCUAUCCUGUACCCCCUGCUGAGGGGAGACCUCACCAGUCAAGGCCCACGUUUUGUUGUCCAGAUCGGAGACAAGGUGGUAGACUACCACGAAGACUUCCGCUUGUUCAUGGCCACUCGGAACCCGAACCCAGAGGUCCCACCUGACGCCGCCUCCAUCAUCACAGAGGUCAACUUCACCACCACCAGGGCUGGCUUACGGGGACAGCUUCUGGCCACCACCAUUCAGCAUGAGAAGCCAGAGCUGGAGGUGCGUAAGACAGAGCUGCUGAGGCAGGAGGAGGACCUCAAGGUGCAGCUGGCCCAGCUGGAGGAGUCACUGCUACAGGAGCUGGCCAACGCCCAGGGUAACAUCCUUGAGAACAAGGAUCUCCUGGAGUCCCUGAACAAGACCAAGGCCAGCAGCAUCACCAUCACAGACUCUCUCAACGAGUCCAUCCAGCUGCAGGACUCCCUGGAUAAGGAGCGCAGUGCAUACCUCCCCCUGGCUGAGAGUGGUAGCACCCUGUUCUUUGUGAUCAGCGACCUGUCGAAGCUGAACAACAUGUACCGCUUCAGCCUGGCGUCCUUCCUCAGGCUGUUCAAGAGAGCCCUGGAGACCACUCAGGACCCAGGCAGUACAGACAUGCGGAUCAAACUCCUGAUCAAGUCCCUGCAGAACCUGGUGUAUGAGUACGUCUGCAGGUCGCUCUUUAAGGCUGACCGUCUAAUGUUUGCCAUCCACCUGGUCCACGGCAUGCACCCAGAGCUGUUCCAGGAGCAGGAGUGGGAGAUGUUCCUCGGACUGAUCAUUGCAGACACCUUCAGGAGACAGGACUCCCAGAAACAGCUGCGUGAGUCCCUCCCGUCAUGGAUCGACCAGGAACGAGCAACAGAUGUCCAGCAGCUCAAGACAACCUUCCCCAGCCUGCACCAGGCCUUGAACUUGGAGGACAGCGACCUGUGGCUCAACUUCUCCCGCAGCUCCCAGUGUGAGCAGGAGUUCCCCCCGCCCAUCGCAAACAAGAUCUCUCUCUUCCAACAGGUUCUGCUGGUGCAGACCAUCCGACCUGACCGACUACAGAGUGCCAUGAGCUUGUUUGCCCACAAGGCUCUCAGUAAGUACCUUUAAGUUCGACUUACCAC